CCAUGUGGGUAGAUGCACCAAAAAACCAAUGAGGAGAUGGGAGAGGCAGGACUUUCAGCGCGUUGAGAGUCACAACGAGUUCUAGUUUUGCGCCUGGCCACGUAGACGCUCAUUGACGCGCACAAGCAAUACUGACCCUGACCGCAAGGUUGACUGGUCACUAGGGUCCAUGCAUUCCAACUGCAAAGGACUCUGGGAGAGUUGCAGAGAACCCAGUUUCAAUCAGGAGCUGCUGUGAGGUAUCCAUGGGGACCAGGAGGGUGCUGGUGACAGGCUGUUCCUCUGGGAUCGGGCUGGCUGUGGCUGUAGGACUCAAAGUGGUUGCCACCAUGAGAGACCUAGGAAAGCGGGAGCCCCAGGAGAGAGAGGCUGGGGACACCCUGAACAGAUCCCUGGAGAUCAGACAGCUGGAUGCCUGCUGUGAAGACUCCAUCAGAGAGUGUGUGGACAGCCUGCAAGACAGACGGGUGGAUGUACUCGUGAGUAAUGCAGGUGUAGGCAUGAUUGGGCCGUUGGAGUGCCAAAGUGUGUCUGAAAUGCAGGAGCUCUUCGACACCAACUUCUUUGGCUUGGUGCGGCUGGUGAAGGAGGUCCUGCCUGAUAUGAAGCAGCGUCAAAGCGGACAUAUUGUGGUAAUGAGCAGCAUCAUGGGCAUUCAGGGGCUACUCUUCAAUGAUGUCUACUCUGCUUCAAAGUUUGCUGUGGAGGGGUUCUGUGAGAGUCUAGCAGUACAAGCCAUGAAGUUCAAUGUGAAGAUGAUUCUAGUGGAGCCUGGUCCGGUGGGGACAGAGUUUGAGAGGAAGGUGUACGAGGACGCUGAGAAGAUGGACCUCGCGAGGGCAGACGAGGAGACUGCUAGGAUCUUCCGUGAGCUCUACCUGCCCUACUCUAGGAAGGUGUUCAACUCCCUCGCACAGACACCUGAGGAAAUAGCAGAGCCAAACACUUCAACUGAUCACAGCGAAGGAGCCUCCGUUUCGCCACCAGACCAACCGCGUGUACAUGCCCAUGACUGCCCUGAAGCACGCAGACCCUACCGGUCGUCUACCCCUGGACACCUUCUAUAAGAUGCUCUUCAAGCACGACAGUCUAUUCACUGCCAGUCUGGGGCUGCUGCACAUGUUGCAGAAGAGGACGGGUAUUUUGUAUCGAUGGGAGUAUUUCCCGUGUGCCUUGUAUUUUCCAGUGCGCCUGUUUUGUGCCCUGGAGUGUGUUUGAUGCAUUUCUGCGUAAA